CAAGAUCUGGCCUAGUACUUUUAAUUUUUGAAACCAAGAGCCAUUUUGUGCCUUUAAUUCGGGCCAAUUACCAAGCAAAAUACCUAAAACAUUCCGCCCAAGUCCACCCCUUCUCUCUCGGCCAAGAAUCGCAGCAGCUCCCACACGAAGUCAGUCGCCAGCAGGCCCUAUCGUUUUCCCCCAAAUUUCUCGGCUCCUCUCCCCGAUCUCUCUCUCGCAAUUUGCAGCAGCAACGGGAGAAUUUCUCCCUUUUUUUCUAGAUCAAGUUGCAACAGAUUUAACCCUCGAGUCCUCGACCUCUAAGAACGAUCGAAGCCCUUAUACCCUCGCCUCAUCUCCUCUCUUUGAGCCGCCGUCCCUUCUCUUCUCCAUUCCAUACUCCGACAUUCAGAGCUUCGACCAGCAACCGCUUCGUCCGACCACUAGCAGCGAGUCGGAAACCUCGACCCUCGAUUCCGACAGACGGCGACCCUUAAUAUUUGACGACCGGCGACGCGAGGCAGGUGAACCGCGAACAAGCGGCAGCGGCGGAGCUUUUUCCGACGUCGAGCUGCGAUCCGACUUUCGACCUCCAGGCGUGACGACGAACCCCGACCGAGGGCCACCAGAUUUCCGGCGAGGCGAGCACACGGCAAAGAGCUGGCCCUAUGCGAGAGUAGGCGGUCUGCGACUGAAGCAGUUCUCCGAGCACCCGAGGCCGAGCUUUUACCAGCGGCUGAGUAAAACCGAGCACACCCGGCUGAACCAAGCCUCCGGCAAUCAGAAAGCCAGAAAUUUCCAGCGCCGAGAUUUGUCCGGAAGCCGUAGCAGGCUGCAGCAAGCGGAGCGCUUUUCGAGAGCCCUUCAACCAGAAACGGAGCCACCUUCUUUUCCAUUUUAAAUCUCGUAACAGCCAUGGAUGAGGAUAUGUCUAAUUCACUACGGCGGAUGUCCAUGCGAACUCGUAAGGUUGCUCCUAAAAUGGCUGCGGCACUCGCGAGCAGUGAUAAUCGGACUCAGGCAAUGCUUGCUCGUCUUGAAGCUCUGGAGAAUGAUAAUGCUGGCCUGGAGACAGUGGACGAGGAUGACGAAGCCUCCCUUGAUGAUGAUGAUCAAGGUCGUUUGCCUUGUGCGUACCUGAAAAAGCAAAGCAAAAGCACAAAACGCAAAACACGUCAAGCAAAAGCACUUGAGAAUGCCAAGAAGGCCCCGAGAACAUUCCUUGAGCUCUUGCAGGAGGCUAACCUGGAAUCAUUGCCUCCUCAUGUACCGACUUACUUGAGAGCAGCUGUUGGGCCCCCGAGUUCCACAGCUCGUCGCCAUUUCUGUACAGUCUGCGGGUUCUCUUCAAACUAUACGUGCGUGCAGUGUGGGAUGCGCUUCUGUUCAAUUCGGUGCCAGAAUAUCCAUAACGAUACUCGUUGUCUAAAGUUUGUUGCUUGAUUAACCUAAAAUUCAUUGUCUGAUGUUGCGGUUACUUGAGGAAUCCAGCCUGGAAUUAGGAUAUAACUCCUAAUAUUUCUUAGCCAACAAAUUAUGCAAAUAUUUCAUGAUUAACAAAAUUUGCUCUAAAAGUACUCCACGUCUACGGUCCGCACUUGGUGUUACUAUUCCGGACAUGACAUGAUAGCAUGACAUCACUCGAGAAAGAUAUGUGAAUAAUGGGUUAUUGUUAACCUUCAUUAUGUCUCUCCUACUUAUGUCAACUUUUAGUAUUUUGUAAUUCUAUAAUUUGUAUGUCUAUUUUUUAUGUUUCAUAAUUUUAUAUAUCGAUUUUUGGUGUUCCGUGAUUCUAUGUGUCAAUUAAUGGUGUUCUGGAUUUAU